AUGGUACCUUUUAAAAAGGCACAUGUCGUGUGGAGCAACUCUCAAGUCUCACCUACCAAUUACAUAAGCACCGAGAUUCAAGCGGAUAGGGCUAGACAAGCAGGAGAAAUGGAAUCUAUAGGAGUGUUAAUGACAUGCCCAAUGUCACCAUACCUUGAACAUGAGCUAGACAAGCGUUUCAACUUCCUCCGCCUCUGGAAAUUCCCAGCAAAUCAAAAAAGCCACUAUUUGAAACUACAUUCAGAGUCCAUCCAAGGAGUCGUCGGAAACGCAACGAUAGGAGCAAAUGCGGAGUUAAUCGGAGCAUUACCGAAGCUGGAAAUCGUAUCGAGUUACAGUGUGGGAUUGGAUAAGAUCGAUUUGGGACUUUGCAGGGAAAAGGGGAUUAAGGUUACUUAUUGUCCUGAUUUGAUUACGGAUGAUGCUGCAGAUACCGGAAUUGCUUUGAUUUUGGCAGUUUUGAGGAGGAUUUGCCAGUGUGAUCGAUACAUUAAGAACGGAGACUGGAAGAAGAAUGGUGAUUUCAUGUUGACGACCAAGGUACAUUUCUCUCUGUGUCCACCAGAAGAUUUUCUUUUGGAUUUUUGGUCCAAGUUGUAG